CUUAUAUUUCUUCCUUCCCUUCCCCAAACCGCAGCCCGGGCACUAUAAGCAAUCAUGAAGUACGUGCUUGUGUCAGGUGGUGUGAUCAGCGGCGUGGGGAAGGGCAUCAUAGCGUCCUCGACGGGGCUGCUGCUCAAGACGAUGGGGCUCAAGGUGUCCUCGAUCAAGAUCGACCCGUACCUCAACGUGGACGCGGGGACGAUGAACCCCAAGGAGCACGGCGAGGUCUUCGUCCUCUCCGACGGCGGCGAGGUCGACCUCGAUCUCGGCAACUACGAGCGCUACCUCAACAUCACGCUGACGCGCGACAACAACAUCACCACGGGCAAGAUCUACCAGCACGUGAUCGAGCGCGAGCGCAAGGGCGACUACCUGGGCAAGACGGUGCAGGUGGUGCCGCACAUCACCGACGCGAUCCAGGAGUGGGUGCAGAAGGUGGCGCGCAUCCCCGUCGACGACACCAACGAGGAGCCGGAUGUGUGCAUCAUCGAGUUGGGCGGCACUGUCGGUGACAUGGAGAGCAUGCCGUUUGUUGAAGCGCUGGCGCAGCUUAGAAGGCGCGCCGGCCGUGACAACUUCAUGCAGAUCCACGUCUCAUACAUACCCAUUAUCCACGGCGAGCAGAAGACGAAGCCCACGCAGCACGCCAUCAAGACGGUGCGCAGCAACGGCAUGAUCCCGGAUCUGAUCGCCUGCCGCUGCGAGCGCGAGCUGGAGCCGUCGGUCAUCGAGAAGCUGGCCAACUUCUGCCAGGUCGAGCCCGAGCAGGUCGUCGUCGUCAAGGACAUGCCGUCCAUCUACCAGGUGCCCAUGCUGCUCGAGCAGCAGAAGCUGGUGCCGCUGGUGCGCCAGUUCCUCGCCCUCGACCGCCUGACCAUCCCAGCGGCCAUGACCCAGAAGGGCGUCAAGAUCUGGAACCAGUGGAAGACGCUCACCGGCAGCGACACACGCUUCCACGACCCCGUCACCGUCGCCCUCGUCGGCAAGUACGUCGAGCUGCAGGACUCGUAUCUCUCCGUCGUCAAGUCGCUCGAGCACGCCGCCAUGCGCUGCCGCCGCAAGCUCGACAUCCGCUGGAUCGACUCGGACCACCUCGAGCCGCACAUGCAGCAGGCCGACCCGGCCAAGUUCCACAACGCCUGGCACGAAAUCGUCAAGGCCUCGGGCAUCCUCGUGCCCGGCGGCUUCGGCUCGCGCGCCACCGAGGGCAUGAUCGCCGCCGCCACCUGGGCCCGCGAGAACAAGAAACCCUACCUGGGCGUGUGUCUCGGCAUGCAGAUCGCCGUCAUCGAGUACGCGCGCAACGUGUGCGGCAUCGCGGACGCGACGUCGGAGGAGUUCGCCGGCGACGCGCCCAACAAGCUCAUCAUGUUCAUGCCCGAGGUCGACAAGACCACCAUGGGCGCCUCGAUGCGGCUGGGCCUGCGCCCGACGCUCUUCCAGCCGGGCUCCGAGUGGUCGAAGCUGCGCGCGCUGUACGCCGGCUCCGACACGAUCCUCGAGCGCCACCGCCACCGCUACGAGGUCAACCCGGCCUACAUCGACCGCCUGCAGGACGCGGGGCUGCACUUUGUCGGCAAGGACGACGAGGCCGUGCGCAUGGAGGUCGUCGAGAUCAAGGACCACCCGUGGUACGUCGGCGUGCAGUUCCACCCGGAGUACCUGUCGCGCGUGCUGGACCCCAGCCGGCCGUAUCUGGGCUUCGUCGCGGCGUCGGCGGGCGUGCUGGACGAGAUUACGCGCGAGUACCAGGGCGGCGCCAAGGCGGAGGGUGCAGUCAACGGGGAUUUUUAGGCGUUGACGGAACGAGGUGGCCGGCGGCUGGAGGAGGUGGCCACCGACUGCAGGACGUGACCGCCGACGACAGCAGACCGUGUAAAGAAGAAAAGACACCAGCCGACGCAGCUGGACCCCUAGCGAACCCGGAGUUUGCCUUUGUGUAUCCUUAUAUCUACGAAAGAAAACCUAGACUUGGCUGGGGAAACGUGCAUACGACAUGCCACAUGAACGCGAUAUAUAUAAAAUAGACUAUUUUUGCUCCUGAACGCCUC